GCGGCGCUGCUACUGCCGCUGGUGCUGACGGCGCUGGCGCUGCUGCUGCUGCGCCCGCCGCCGCCGGCCCGGCCGCACCCCUCGCAGCCGCCGCUGCCCAGAGAGGACGCCGUUGAGCCGAACCUAAUAACGGACAACGAGGUAGCGUUCAUCAAUGAGGGCGAUGAGAUAUCCCGACGACCGUGGUUCUUCCGCGGCGGGGAGCGGCGGCCGACCAGACACGACCCGAACGCCAAACUCUUUCCCGACGACGCGCCAGGGGAUGACAGAAUCGAGGAGCAGCUAAUGUACACUCUGCCGAAGGACGAGGAAGUGCCAGUCAAGAAGAUUCUCCUGGCCAACGGUCUGGGCGCAUGGGGCGUCGCCGGCGGCCGCACGGAGUUCAUACGGAACAAAUGUCCGGUGGACAGGUGUUCGCUGACAGCUGAUACCAGAGACGCAGCCUCGGCUGACGCCAUACUGUACAAGGAUCACCACACGCCCUUCAACGUUAGAAGGCCGGCUAACCAGAUAUGGAUCCUUUACUACUUGGAGUGUCCCUACCACACGGCGUCUCUGCGACCCACCUCACUCGACGUGUUCAACUGGACGGCGACCUACCGUCGCGACUCGGACAUCGUCGCACCUUAUGAGCGAUGGGUCUACCACGAUCCACUGAUUACUGAGAAGGAAGUCGAGAGGAACUAUGCUGCUAAUAAGACUAAGAAGGUAGCGUGGUUCGUGUCCAACUGCCACGCGCGGAACCGUCGGCUGCAGUACGCGCGGCAACUCGCCAAGUUCAUACCCGUCGACAUAUACGGCGCUUGCGGCUCCCACCACUGUCCCCGAGCCGACCCCAACUGCCUCGAGAUGCUGGACAAGGAGUAUAAAUUCUACCUCGCCUUCGAGAACUCCAACUGCCGAGAUUACAUCACGGAGAAGUUCUUCGUCAAUGGAUUACAGCACGACGUGCUACCGAUCGUUAUGGGGGCUAGGCCGUCCGAGUACGCGGCGGCGGCGCCUCAUAACUCCUAUAUACACGUGGAAGAGUUCGCCAGCCCGGAGGAGUUAGCCGCGUACCUCCUACGGCUGGAUGACGACGAUAACCUGUACAACUCCUACUUCAAGUGGAAGGGUACGGGCGAGUUCAUAAACACGUACUUUUUCUGCCGCGUGUGCGCCAUGGUGCACGCCAGCGCGCGUCGUCAGCGCACCGCACACUACACUGACGUGCAGGCUUGGUGGCGCGACUCCGCCUGCACGAGAUCGGCUUGGCGCGCCGACCCGUCCUAGACAACUGAUCUCUACAGGACACUUCACCGUACAUAUUUUGUAUAUUGUGUUUAUGAUUGCGCUGGCGCAUCGUUUUGUUGUUUUUUUAUAGUGAUACUUAAUGUAAACUAGAUCAUAUUGCAAAUAGGUUCCUUAAUGAGCUCUAGAACUAGCUUAAUGAGAAAACCGUGCCAUUUCAGAAUCUCUAGACGUAAAUGGCGUCAUUUUCAAUCCGGAUUCCGAAACCAUAGAGUA